UGUCACCACCAAGGACAGGAGAGGGGACCAGACCAUGUGGCAGUUCUCUGCUCUGAUCUUCCUCUUCCUCCCAGGCUGCAUCACUGCUCAGGAUCCAGUCACUGGUCCAGAGGAGGUGAGCGGUCAUGAGCAGGGCUCCCUGACAGUGCAGUGCCGAUAUGCCUCAGGGUGGGAGGAUUACAGGAAGUACUGGUGCCGAGGAUCUGGUUGGAGAAGCUGUGAGAUCCUCGUUGAAACUGAUGCAUCAGAGCGGUUGGCAAAGAAGAACCGUGUGUCCAUCAGGGACGACCAGACCAACUUCAUCUUCACAGUGACCAUGGAGGACCUAAGGAUGAGCGAUGCUGACGUUUACUGGUGUGGAAUUACGAAAGUUGGACGUGAUCCCAUGUUUGAAGUUCGUGUGAGCAUUGACCCAGCCCCAGAAAGUUCAACUACAAGAACGACAGAAAGUUCAACUACAAUAACGACAGAAAGUUCAACUACAAUAAUGACAACCAUGCCCACAGUUCUGACAUCCAUACCACCAAACAUGGAGAACGCUGGCCACGAAAGGUUGAUCCAGAACAGCCCCUUCAUCUGGCCCCUGCUGAGCAGCGUCUCCUUCCAGUUGCUGGCCUUCGUGGUGCUGCCCCUGCUCGUGAGCAUGCUCAGUGCGAUCCUCUGGGUGAACAGGCCUCAGAGACGCUCUGGGGAGGUGAAGUUGGCCGGGUGAAGGCCCAUAGCUCUGGUGC